AUGUUUUCGAAGCCGUUGUUAUUGCUACUUGUAGUGCUUACCAGCACUAAGAUCAGGAGGAGAUUCUGUAGAUUGAAUGAAGCUUGGUAUAUUCUAUCUAAGAAGCUCGUCAAGAUCUAUUCUAAUAGAAUCGUUAAGCGCGGCCGAAGCCGUUUAAAAAAUCUUUUGUCCGCUUUAGCUAUUGCUGCUGCUGCAGCUGCGGCGGUUGCGGCGGCUAUACUACGCACUCUUACUUUCGAAGCUUCGCUUCUUUUCUUAGACCUUUUUAUUAAGCGCUUGCUUAUGCUAACGACCGUUAAAGCCUUAAGGUGCAUUAAGUGCAUCAAUACGUUAUACGCUGUCUUCGGUAUGCUAAAAGUAGCUAUAGCAACUGCACCGCUACUUUUGCCGCUAUUAACACCGCUUUCGAUAACUUCUGCUGUUAAUAGUCCGAGCGGUCUAGCGAGUAGAAGUAAAGGUUUUAAAAGUAGUUUCGGUAGCUUUGCAAGUUUUGCUUUUGCUCUUAAGACUUUCAAUUUAAAUAUAGCUUUUAUUAAAUUAAAUGGUCUUGUAGCAGCGAACCGUAGUCCGAUGACGCGAAGCGCUUCGAGCAUAUCACCUUUUCCAGCUCUUGCGCUUAUAUCAGCCGCUUUUGUUGUUCUCGUCGCUUUCGCAGUUCUCGUCGCUUUCGUAGCACUUAUUAUCGUCGCUUUUUUUGCGCUAGUUGUUGCGCUUGCCGCUUUUGCGGCGGCGCCCGCCGUUGUUAUGACUUUUACGGAGCGCCGAGCUAAAGUAAAGAGAUUGCUAAGAGCUCUAGUCGAUCUUUUGUUAUAA